AUGGCAGCCAUUGCAUCGUCCUCCGCCCUGCGCGUUCCCGCUGCUCUGUCCGCCAAGACCCAGCAGCGCAAUGGCAGCAGCUUCGUCUCAGGCCAGCCCCUCCGUGUCGCUCCCUCGGCCAUCUCCCGCCUUACCAUGUCCGCUGAGGCUCCCGCUGGAUUCACCCCCCCAGAGCUGAAGGGUGACGUCCCGUCCCCGAUCUUUGGCGGCAGCACUGGUGGCCUGCUCAGGAAGGCCCAGGAUGAGGAGUUUUACGUGAUCACGUGGGACUCGAAGAAGGAGCAGGUGUUCGAGAUGCCUACUGGUGGCGCUGCUACCAUGAGAGCCGGUGAGAACUCGCUGAAACUGGCCAGAAAGGAGCAAUGCCUGGCCCUUGGUACGCAACUGAGGACCAAGUUCAAGAUUAACUACCAGUUCUACAGGGUGUUCCCCAGCGGCGAGGUGCAGUACCUGCACCCUAAGGAUGGUGUGUACCCUGAGAAGGUGAAUGCGGGUCGUGUUGGUGCCAACCAAAACCUUCGCUCUAUUGGCCAGAACGUAGAUCCCGCCGCGGUGAAGUUCACCUCGAAGCGCGCGAGCGAUCUGAAAGUGAAGCGAAUCUACACCUCACCGCUCAUCCGCUAUCCGCGCGCCGCCAUGCUUGCCCUCCAUCCCAUCCUCCUGGCCGCGGAGCUUGCGGAGGCGGGAUGGUCGCGCGUGUCGAGCCUCGUCUCAAAGCGCACGCGGCGCGGGGACGCUCUUAAGAUUCUCGAGGACGCGACGCUGCGGCUGGAGGGGAGCCUGGCGCGCGAGCGCGCGGAGAACGCGCGGCUGCAGGCGAUGCUGGAGGAGUAUAAGAUGGCGGCGACAGAGCUGCUGCAGCAACGCGCGGAGGACCUCGCGUGGAUGGGCGAUAAAGUGGGCACGGGCGAGGAGCAGCACGAAGACUUGUUGGCGCAGAUAGAGCUGAAGGUGAACUCGCCCGAGUUCCAGCUGCGUCUGCGAGGCCCGCCGGAGCUCAAGGCGGGCGACGCGACGUCGAACGGCACGGCGCGCAUGCUCGUGGACGCAGGCCGCAUAGAAGUAACAGUUCCGCGAGAGGGCCGCGCACAGAGCGGGGGAACAAGCGGAAGCGGAAGCACAAGCGGGAUCGCGAGCGGAAUCGCAAGCGGAAGCCAGAGCGAGGGCGAGAGCGAGUGCGAGGGCGAGGGCGAGGAGUGGUGGCAGUGGGUGACGGAUAUGGACGCGGGCGUGAUCCGCGGGAGCGAGCCGUGCGAGGCGCUGGAGGGCGAGGGCGCGUACGAGGUGGUGCAGGUGGAGGAGGUGGUGGAUGGUAUUGCUCACGUGCUCGCUCGCUACAUCGCCCUGCACCCCGAGUACCAGUCUCUCUCGCCAGAGGAAUUGGAAAAAGCGCUGACAAGUGGCAUUCAGCACAUACGGCGACAGGGCCUGCUGAAGCAGAUGUACCAGUGGGGGCGAGGGGCGUAUAAGACUGCCUGUGCCACCUCCUUCCUCGUCAGCAUUUAUAAAGAGCGAGUGCUGGUCCGUGCAAUCGUGGGGGCUGUGAUCUUGUCCAGCCGUGUGGUGAUGCGCAUGUGA